UUCUUGUCAUCCACUGCCGAGUACAUCAUGGCGAAGCGCGUGGUGACGUUCGUGACUGGAAACAAGAAGAAGCUCGAAGAAGUGGUGGCGAUCCUGGGCAGUGACUUCCCCUUUGAGGUGCGCAACGUGUCCUUGGAUCUCCCUGAGCUGCAAGGCGAUCCCGAGUACGUGUCGGCGGAGAAGUGCCGCCUGGCCGCGGCUCAAGUGAAUGGACCGGUGUUGGUCGAAGACACAUCGCUUUGCUUCAACGCGCUUGGAGGCCUUCCCGGUGUGUACAUCAAAUGGUUCUUGGAGAAGACUGGCCACGUGGGUUUGAACAACUUGCUGGCAGCGUACACUGACAAGUCCGCGUAUGCACAGUGCAUCUUUGCAUUCCAGGACUUCGAUCAAGGCCAACCGUUGAACGACCCCAUCCUCUUUGUGGGUCGCACCCACGGCAAGAUCGUUCCGGCGCGGGGUAGCACCGACUUUGGCUGGGAUGCCGUGUUCCAGCCGGACGGGUUCGACCAAACGUUUGGGGAAUUGGACAAGGCGGUGAAAAACACCAUCUCGCACCGCUAUCGAAGCCUCGAAAAGCUUCGCGAGCACGCAACCAAGCAAUGAAUUGACCUUUAAACCAUCGUGAAAUGGAAAUGCCUUUCCUUCAAACGGACAUACCGACGAUGUAUACUCAUUAAUGACUUCCAGUAACGUUAACUACGUCG